UCGACAUGAUAAACGCCCUGGAUUGACUGCUGAUUUGCGCGCCGCGUGUUGGACAGGCCGUCGUCGAUCGGGUUACCCAAGCGUCACCGCGACGCCAUCUUGGCCUUUCCAAUCUCGGCCGCAAUAAAACUAAAACCACACAGCCUUCUCGCACAAUGGCUCCCUCCAGCGCAGCAACGCCAGCGCUCCCGCCCUCGGUCGAGGAGGCGUACCGGCGCAAAUGCAUCCAGCUCAAGCAGCGAACCGCCGAAGUCGAAGAGGCCAAUGAGGCCUCGCGUCUACGCCUGGCCCGUCUGAACCGUCAGGCCGAGAAGAUGCGCAUCGAGCGCGCCUUCCUCCUCGAGCAGCUCUCCAAGAGGAUAAGCCCAAACGUCGAGGACUCCGACGGCAGCCCUAGCCCUCCCCCGACGCCCAAGGAGAAGCCCCUAAGGACGAAGCGCGGACAUAGGAAAAUGUCGGCCAACCCGAGCGGCGACCCCGCCGGCGCGCCCGGGUCCACCUUCAUCAGCCAGACGUCGGGCGGUGGCCUUGGCGGCGGAUCGCCCGCCGCCUCGGACGCCCUGUCGCAUACCAACGCCGACUCCCAAAGCCAGCGGAACGCGGGCGCCAACGGCAAGCACCCGGGACCGCCCCGCGCGCCGAGCACCGCCUUUGAGCUCUACUGCCGCGACGUCCGCCCGUCGCUCGAGGCCGACAAGGCUAAGGAGGCCGACGACAAGGCGGCGGACAAGGACAAGAGUGACAAGAAGCAGAAGGACAAGGACACCGACGACGCGGACGCGGACGAGACCAUCAGGGACGAGCCGUCAGACAAAGGAAAGGACAACGCCGCCGCCGGCAUCGACGAGGAGCUCGAGCGCCGCUGGAAGGACCUGCCUGAGGCCGACAGGGACGAGUUCCAGGCGCGGUACGAGAAAGAGGUGGCAAAGUACGAGAAGGACAAGGACGCGUACGAGAAGAAGAAGGAGCAGCAGCAGCAGCAGAGCGCCGGCAAGGACGACGACGACGACGACGACGACGCGGCCGCCGAGCGCGCCGAGCGCGCCCCGUCGUCGUCGGCCGUGCCCAUCGUCAAGAUCGAGCGCCCCGCCGACGAGCCCGCGGCGCAGGAUGAGGACGUCGAGAUGGCAAACUACGACACGGAGCCCGACGCCGGGGACAAGGAGUAGGGCGCCCAAUUUUCGGACUGGUUGCCCUACCUGCUGCUCCAAGAGCCUCUUUAGGAAAGCCCGCAGCCGGGGUCCACCGGACCUCCAUUUUGACCUUGGCAGUGUUGCCUUGACCUCGCGAAAUGCUUCGAAUUCAGUGCUUUUUUUCUUGGCUUCCCUCUGGCGGCUUCUUUCUUGUCUACCGAAAUGGAAGGAUAUCUGGGCGUGGUGGAGUUUGGCGCUUCAAAACACUUAAGGACAUGAUAAUAGGGGGGGCAAGGCUGGUUUCUUUUUAUAUGGACCUGCUUGUUGUUUGGCUGCUUGGCCUCAUCCAGCGAGAGCGAGAGCGAAGACAGUAUGGCUUCUACUAAAGACUUGCACCGCCGCAUAUGAAUGAAACUCUUAUCUAUAGCUUGCUUGUUGGACAGGGGGCAGCUGACGAAGGAAAAUGUGGCUAUUGUAUAUGGAGUCACGGCGGUUACAUAUGGCGGGAAUGUGGUUCCAAGAAUGGCAGCCUGUCCUAGUCGUUUCCCUAUGCUAUUCCAACCCUAACUUCUUUCCAUGUUGUCGUUACUGUUGUCUCUUUCCUGUCCUCGCGGGAGCGUGUGCUUGGGGAAUGUGCGAUUAUACACCUGUCUUCGACUAAACUAAUCCUACACCUCAACCCGUGCUGGCUGUCAAGGCGUGACAACCCGUCGCGCCGCCUAGACCUCUCCUCGUUAUCUUCUUUUUGGCCCUAGACCUCGAAUGCAGAGCGAGCAAAAAUCAAAAAGAGAAACCGCUUUAGAUGGUUCCGCAACUCCUCGGGCGCCAAUCG